AUGAAUACAACAUAUAAUGAUAAUUAUAUUAUUUCAUAUAAUACACUACUAACAACACUAAAAUCGAAUAAAUCGAAAUGGGAAGAAAAUCUUAAAAAAGAAGUGGAUUUAGGUCCACAAAUUAAAAGGAUGAGAACUAGUUAUGAUGAGAAAGAUAAAGAUAAUAUGGAAUUAUGCGGUGAUGGAACAGGAGGGUUGAGAGUAGAUGAAAUUAAGCAAGGAUUAAGAGAGAUCAAUAAUGAUGCUAAUCUUAAUAUUGAAACAAACGUAUAUCAUCUUAAUACGGUACUAAAAAUCAAUCAAAAAAAUGGUUUAUAUACAGAUGUGAUUGAUACAUUGGAUAAAAACUCUGAAUUUAAACUGACUAUUCAAUCAUUAUUAGGUAAUAAUUCAGAAUACCAUGCUUUAGGAAUACAAAAAGAUGACAGCACCUGUGGGGAUAAUUGUUUAAUUAUGUUAAGUGAAUUAAGAGGUCUAUUUAAAGAUAAAAAAGGAAUAGAAAUAGGUAUAUCAUAUGUAAAUGGAAUAAAAGGCAAUCAUGCCGUUAUGUAUAUUGCAACAGCAACGAAAGAUAAAUCAAUACUGAAAACAAUAAAACAACUUGCUAUGUCGUAUAGUAAUUUGGGAGGAGAAGAGAUAAAAGAUGAAGAUUGUUAUGCUCAUAAAGCAAUUGGAAACACAUCAUAUUCUAGCGGUCAUUAUGUAAAUUUGGGUAAAUUAGAUAUAUUAGCAACAGGAAUGUUGUUAAAUGAGAAUUUAGGGCAUGAUUUAUUGGGUGGCAAAGAAUUGCAAUAUUCCUUAGCAAUUGUAUUGGCAAUUACAUCAUCUGCCUUGGGAUAUCAAGCAGGAGCUCAAAGUUUUUAUAUACCGAUAGCAAGAGCAGGAAUAUUUAUGUCUAAGGAUUAUAUGAGUAAUAAUCUAGAAACAAGAGUUUCAGAUGCUUUGAAUCAACAUGAUGCAGUAAACCAUUAUAAUCCGUGGGUUAUUAGUAUUGCGGUAAAAACUGUAUGUAAUAUAGCUUUAUCUAUAGCAAGCCCAUCAUUUAAGCAUACAUUAGCAAUAAAUACAUUGAGUUCAAUAUCAAGUCAGUUAGAAACAAACCCGAGUCCAGAGCAUAAAGCAGUUGGUGGAGUUGUAGCAACUAAACAACUGUUAGAGAAUUAUACAGCAG